CUCAACGCGCUCGAUAUUUCGUAUAGUUCCUCUGAUAUCUCUGAUAAACGAAUUUCAAUUGGAAAUUUUCAACCGUUUCACACGCACGAAUUUCGCCUAACGCUGCUUUCAAACUUCCCGACGAUUCUCAACUUUGAAGUUGUUCUCUUAUCGAAGCCUCGGCUCGACCUGUUCGUUCGUAGACACAUUCGGAAUUUCUAUAUUAACGCGUUGUACGAUUUUUGUUUCUUUUUUCUACAAAAUGCGAGUUUAGACGAACCGUAGGACUCGUCGUAUACCGAAUCCGCGUGAUAUCGGUCACCUAUGGAAAUGGACGUGAUCGAGGAAAAAGACGAAUUCGCGUUGGGAGUGGAGACUCGGAUGAAAGCUCCUCUCGAAUGGCACUCGUCGGCCGAAUGUAGAAUAUCGGACUUGAGGGAGUCGCAGUACGACGAAGCUUUGCGUCUGAUCAAACGCCACUUCUUUCGCGACGAGCCUAUGUGCAAGGCGUCCUCGUUGCUGCAAGAUGAAACGUCGGUGAACGGUUACCUGGAGCUCGUAAGGACGUGGAUGAAGGACACGACAAGCCUGAUCGCUACCAGUAUGAAAUCUGGUCGUGUGGUUGGAGCGGUUGUCGCGCGAAUUAACAGCGACCCUGAGAAAACCGACACUUACCAUCGUGUGCAGAUCCUGCGAGGAGAGAGUCUGCGCAAGAUCAUGCAUCUGCUGAAUACGUUGAUCAAGCAAACGAACGCGCACAAAACGUUCGGACAGCAGGAGUAUUACUGCGUAUACGUUCUCUGUGUACAUCCGUCUUAUCGAGAGAAAGGCGUGGAGAUCGCGUUGCUGAACGCUUGCGUGCAAGUUGCGGUGUCUUUGAGAAUACGAGCGAUCGGUGGCCUUUUCACGUGCGCUGCGAGUCAAGCAUGGGCGCGCAGCGUGGGCUUCCAACUUCUUUCCGAGAUACGUUACAGUUUGUGGAUUCUCAACGAUCGAAUCGUGUUCGACGAUCCAGGAAGGGGAAAUUACUCGGCCGCUAUGAUGGGCAGGUUGAUAACGCCGCAAGAAGAAUCGGAGGAUUCGAUGGAAGAUGACGUAUCGUCCGUCGAUACUACGUCGAAACAAAGAAACACGCUUGGCUGCAAGUAGAAUUAUUAUCGUAC